GCCCCCCGCCAUGGCCGCGGCCCGUCCGGGGGCCGCCCCGCCGCCGCCGCCGCUGCUUCCCCUCCUGCUGCUCCUGCUGCUGCCCGGUGGCCGCCGCGCCCUCGAGGAGACCCUGAUGGACACGAAGUGGGUGACCUCAGAGCUGGCAUGGACAACCCAUCCAGAGACGGGGUGGGAAGAGGUCAGUGGUUACGACGAGGCUAUGAACCCCAUCCGCACGUACCAGGUGUGCAACGUGCGGGAGGCCAACCAGAACAACUGGCUUCGCACCAAGUUCAUUCAGCGCCAGGACGUUCAGCGUGUCUAUGUGGAGCUGAAAUUCACCGUGCGAGACUGCAACAGCAUCCCCAACAUCCCUGGUUCCUGCAAAGAGACCUUCAACCUCUUCUAUUAUGAGUCGGAUACGGAUUCUGCAUCUGCUAAUAGCCCUUUCUGGAUGGAGAACCCCUAUAUCAAAGUGGAUACAAUUGCUCCGGAUGAGAGCUUCUCCAAACUGGAGUCCGGCCGUGUGAACACCAAGGUGCGCAGCUUUGGGCCGCUCUCCAAGAAUGGCUUUUACCUGGCUUUCCAGGACCUGGGGGCCUGCAUGUCCCUCAUCUCCGUCCGGGCUUUCUACAAGAAAUGUUCCAACACCAUCGCUGGCUUUGCUAUCUUCCCGGAGACCCUAACGGGGGCUGAGCCCACGUCGCUGGUCAUUGCACCAGGCACCUGCAUCCCCAAUGCAGUGGAGGUGUCUGUGCCCCUGAAGCUGUACUGCAACGGUGACGGCGAGUGGAUGGUGCCUGUGGGAGCUUGCACGUGUGCUGCAGGGUACGAGCCAGCCAUGAAGGACACCCAGUGCCAAGCAUGCGGCCCGGGAACGUUCAAAUCCAAGCAGGGCGAGGGCCCCUGCUCCCCCUGCCCUCCCAACAGCCGCACCACCUCGGGAGCAGCCACGGUCUGCAUAUGUCGCAGCGGCUUCUUCCGAGCAGACACCGACCCCGCAGACAGCGCCUGCACCAGUGUGCCCUCAGCCCCACGCAGCGUCAUCUCCAACGUGAAUGAGACGUCGUUGGUGCUGGAGUGGAGCGAGCCGCAGGACGCGGGCGGGCGGGAUGACCUGCUCUACAACGUCAUCUGCAAGAAGUGCAGCGUGGAGCGGCGGCUGUGCACGCGCUGCGACGACAACGUGGAGUUCGUGCCGCGCCAGCUGGGCCUCACUGAGCGACGCAUCUACAUCAGCAACCUGAUGGCCCACACCCAGUACACCUUCGAGAUCCAGGCGGUGAAUGGCAUCUCCAGCAAGAGCCCCUACCCUCCCCAUUUCGCCUCCGUCAACAUCACGACCAACCAGGCAGCUCCAUCUGCCGUGCCCACCAUGCACCUGCACAGCAGCACUGGGAACAGCAUGACACUCUCAUGGACUCCCCCAGAGAGGCCCAACGGCAUCAUUCUUGACUAUGAAAUCAAGUACUCUGAGAAGCAAGGCCAGGGCGAUGGCAUUGCCAACACUGUCACCAGCCAGAAGAACUCGGUGCGGCUGGACGGGCUGAAGGCCAAUGCCCGGUACAUGGUGCAGGUCCGGGCGCGCACAGUGGCUGGAUACGGCCGCUACAGCCUCCCCACCGAGUUCCAGACGACUGCAGAGGACGGCUCCACCGGCAAGACUUUCCAGGAGCUGCCUCUCAUCGUGGGUUCGGCCACUGCAGGACUGCUGUUUGUCAUCGUGGUGGUCAUCAUCGCUAUCGUCUGCUUCAGGAAAGGGAUGGUUACUGAACAACUCCUCUCGUCUCCUUUGGGCAGGAAGCAGCGCAACAGCACAGAUCCUGAGUACACAGAGAAGCUGCAGCAAUAUGUCACUCCUGGGAUGAAGGUCUACAUUGACCCCUUCACCUAUGAAGACCCCAAUGAAGCUGUCCGGGAAUUCGCCAAAGAGAUUGAUAUCUCCUGCGUCAAAAUCGAGGAGGUCAUUGGAGCAGGGGAGUUCGGUGAGGUGUGCCGCGGGCGCCUGAAGCUGCCUGGCCGCCGCGAGAUCUUUGUGGCCAUCAAGACACUGAAGGUGGGCUACACGGAAAGGCAGCGGCGGGACUUCCUGAGCGAGGCCAGCAUCAUGGGCCAGUUCGACCACCCCAACAUCAUCCACCUGGAGGGUGUGGUGACCAAGAGCCGCCCCGUCAUGAUCAUCACAGAGUUCAUGGAGAACUGCGCUCUCGACUCCUUCCUCCGGCUGAAUGAUGGGCAGUUCACAGUCAUCCAGCUGGUGGGGAUGCUGCGAGGCAUCGCUGCCGGCAUGAAGUACCUCUCAGAGAUGAACUACGUGCACCGGGACCUGGCUGCCCGCAACAUCCUGGUCAACAGCAACUUGGUCUGCAAAGUGUCAGACUUCGGGCUGUCCCGCUUUUUGGAGGAUGAUCCGGCCGACCCCACCUACACCAGCUCCCUGGGAGGCAAGAUCCCCAUCAGGUGGACAGCUCCUGAGGCCAUCGCCUACCGCAAAUUCACGUCGGCCAGCGACGUGUGGAGCUACGGCAUCGUCAUGUGGGAAGUGAUGUCCUAUGGGGAGCGACCCUACUGGGACAUGUCCAACCAGGAUGUGAUCAACGCGGUGGAGCAGGAUUACCGCCUGCCACCCCCCAUGGACUGCCCCACAGCGCUGCACCAGCUGAUGCUGGACUGCUGGGUGCGGGACCGCAACCUGCGGCCCAAGUUUGCACAGAUCGUCAACACGCUGGACAAGCUGAUCCGCAAUGCUGCCAGCCUGAAGGUCAUUGCCAGCGUCCAGUCUGGUGUCUCCCAGCCGCUCCUGGACCGCACCGUGCCCGAUUACACCACCUUCACCACCGUGGGAGACUGGCUGGAUGCCAUCAAAAUGGGACGGUACAAGGAGAACUUCGUCAACGCCGGCUUCGCCUCCUUUGACUUGGUGGCGCAGAUGACAGCAGAGGACCUGCUGAGGAUAGGAGUGACGCUAGCAGGGCACCAGAAGAAGAUCCUGAGCAGCAUUCAGGACAUGAGACUGCAGAUGAACCAGACGCUGCCGGUUCAGGUUUGACCGCAGGGGACUCUGCAUUGGAACGGACUGAGGGAACCUGCCAACCAGGUUCUGUUUGCGGUGCAGCCCGGCUUCCCGAUUUCCCCUUCCCGUGGCGCUCCUCUGCCUCGGACGCUCGCCGGGGACAGGCUGGGCCGGGCCACCCUUCCCUGGAUCGGAGGCAACUCGUGCCAAGAGGGAGCCCAGCUUUUCGUCCCGUGUCCCGCAGCGGCGAGGCAGUGACGCAGUCUUCAUAUUGAAGAUGGAUUAUGGGACGGAGAUGGCGCAUCCCGCUUCCCGCCCUGUCUCAGUGCUCAUCAGUUUGAAGAGAUGUUCUGCUUCUUGGAUUUCUUUACACCCCGGUUUUUCCCUCUCAAGUCCUCACUUUCCCCUAUCCCUGAUGCCACAGACUGUUGACCCGUCCACUGAGUCCGUCAGAUGCUCCGAAGCCUUCACCGAGCCCGGUACCCUCGUGGAGACGGCGCAAGGGACAGGGCUAAGGCCCAGACAAUCACUCCACCCCUCCGCACAAGGGUCCUCACUGGGACGUGUCUGAAGGGGAAAGGCUCUGCUCCCUUUUUGGCUUUGCACGCCAGAACCCGAACCCCGUGAGAUUUACUAUGCAGGGAGUUAGGCAAAAAAAAAAUAAUAAUAAUAAUAGAGAGAGAUAUAUUAAAAAAAAAAAAGAGGGUGCAGAAAGGGGACCCUCUUGGUUCUCGUGGCUGGCUCUGGACUGCAGAGUGAGGCCAUCAGCACGUUUGCACAGGGACCCUCCAGCCCCCGAAGCGGGGCCGGGAGCGGGGUCAGGGCCACACGGAGGCCUGGCCUCCCCCAGCCUCCUGUUUUAUGCAGAAGGAGCGGGUGCCGCUCCUGCCACACGCUGUGAUUGCUGCCAAAAGACUCACUCACCUUCCUCUGACUUCACUGCAGCCCGCUUCCUCCGUGCUGAGGGCGAGACUCCCAGCGUGCGUGAGUGUGCGUGAGUGUGUGCGUGCGUGCGUGAGUGCUGGCCGGCAGGACUGUGCGAGGCAAUGGGCAGAAUAAAGGCAAUAAGAAUUUUAUCAGCGUUUCCUUUGCUCGAUCGCUCUCGCUGCACCAGCACGGGGGCUGCUGCCUCCAUCACUGCCCGUGGCUGCAGCUUCCCAUGUCCCUGUGUGCCCAUAACCCCUGCUGUAACACCGACGCUCUCACGGGGUCCCCAUGGAUGCCUAUGGGCACUGAUGUGUGCCAGCAGGGACGUGCCAAGCAGAUGGGUGCCAGCCCUGUGCCUUCCCGUGGGGCACUCGGGCUUGGAGUCUCAAGGCACAGCCAGCCCCAAAACUCAAUCUGGAGCUGCUGAUAGUGCUUUUUCCCAUUCCCUCCUCGUGCUGUACUCGACCUGUGGGACUGCAGCCCCAUGAGUGCAAACUGAGCGAGGCCAGCCCCGACCCACAGCACAUGGGGAGCACAGCACGCCGCAGGGCUUGGCCGCAGCCUGCUUUUCCCACCAUGCAUGGGAGUGUUGCAACUGCCUCCGUGAGUCACAGAUGCCAAACGGGAGCUGCUGAGCCGGGUGCAAACUCACCCGCUGCUGCAAAGUGCAUGGCAAGGGAAGGAUCCCGGGCUGCUGACAUGUGGUCCCCGUGCCCUCGGCCCCUCCAGCAUCCUUCCCCAGGGAAGGGGAUCCCGCCCUGUGUGCCAGACCCCGCUUGCUCCACCAGCAGUGCAGUGGGCUGAGGCUCCCCACAGGGUGCCCCCCUCCCUGCCAGGCGCCGCACAGCAGGUGCUAUUUUUCCCCUUUCCUCAACGCUCACCUGCCCUUGGGUUUCUCAUUAACCCCGUCCUCCUCCACAGGGAACAGCAAACAGCGGGAGGGCAGCACGGCUCUGCGCAGCACAGCAACGGCUGAAGGGCUCUGCGCCACCUGCCCGCACUCCUGGAGCUCCACGUGCCCGCUCCAUCCCGGCAGUGGGGAUCCCAAAGCCCUGUUCCCCACUGCAGCCCCUGCUGCUUGCCCCUCGCUUGGCUUUGCUGCUUUGGGGGGGGUUCAGCUCACGGGGUUUGCUCCCGAGGUAUUGCAUCCCGUGCUGUGCCCGCCACUUCCCUUCAUACAAAUGUGUACAGAGAGAAAGGAAGGUGCAUUUAACAGGAAAAGAAAGCAAAGGCGACCACCGGCAGCAGUGCGGAUCAAUGCGAGCGUGCG